AUGGCCGAUAAUGAACCUUCGGGCCCUUUUCACGCCGGCCCUGGGACUGCGCACGAGAUAGGCGUUAUGGCUGGCUUCAUAGCCGCGUUCAUUAUCAUCACAGUUGUAUACCUAAUCAUCUGGAAAGUCUACAACAAGCGCUCCGAGGCCGGGGAAAUGCAGCGAAGACAUAUUUUAGCUGAGAAGACAAACCCAAGAAACACAAGAGUCAUGGAAGAGAAGGCUGGGAAUAGGCGCUGCGCCGGGUUAUUGAAGAGCAUGGAGAAGAUUCCAAGAGGCUGCGGAGCAGAGACCGAAGACAGAUGA